AUGAAUGAAACAUAUAAUGAAUCAAGGAACGAUGUCGAUUCAAGUUUGAGGAUAUUAAGUAUUUUAAAAAUAUCAUCAAUUAUUAAAGAUGGAGAUAUAUCUAAUUGUAAAGAGUUAAUUUUAAAAAAUAGAAAUAUAGAAGAAUGCGAAGAAUUAUAUCAAAUGAAGAAUUUACAAAAAAUAGAUUUAAGCGAGAAUAAAUUAAAGGAUUUAAAGAUGGUUGAAAUGAAUUUAAAUUUACAACAAAUAAUACUACAAAAGAAUAUAAUAGAUAAUAUAAAUUAUUUAAAUAAUAUAAAUAACUUGACAUAUUUAAAUUUGUCCUAUAAUAAAAUUAAAAUAAUAGAUCAUAUUUGCCAAUUAAAAAAUAUUAAGACAUUAAUAUUAGCAUAUAAUGAAAUAGAAAAAGUUCCGAAUUUAUCAAGUUUACAAAAUUUAGAAGUAUUAAUAUUAAAAAAUAAUAUGAUAGAAAAAUUUGCGAAACCAGCUAAAGAAAUGAGACAUCUUAAAAAAAUAUCCCUCUCUUUUAAUAAAAUAAGAGAAUUCUAUUUUGGUUCUCAUUUUUCUCAAGUACAAGAAUUAAGGUUAAAUAAUAACAAGCUAAUAAAUAUUAGCAAGGAUAUUCUAUAUAUGACAAAUUUAAAACUUUUAUGUAUACAAAAUAAUUUUAUUAUAAAUCUAGAUUUUUUAGAUUAUUUAAGUCAAUUAAAUUAUUUAAAAAAUAUCGUACUUUCAGAUAAUCCCUUUUUUAAGAAAAUGAAUGUUCAUUUAUUAAAUGAAUUAAUCAAAAAAUUAAAAUAUUUAAAAAAUAUUAACUUUGUUCCAAUACCUCCAAAUAGGAAAUUUGUAAAUUUUCCUUUUGAUUCAUCAAAAAAUAAUUCCUUAAAUGAUGAAAAUUUAAAUCAUAUGGAUUGUAAACCAAAAUUUAAGCAAGAAACAAAACACUAUAAAAAAAAUAUACUACCAGUCAACAAAAAUAGUCGCAAUAUUUUUAAGCGAAAACAGAGAAACUAA